AUGAAGUUCUUGAGUCGUUCUAGUGCUCUGGCAGCACUGCUGGCCACGACAUCCCUACUCGAUGGAGCUGCCGCUCAAUCCCCAACACCUGUCGUCUUGACCGACUCUACGACCGGCAUUAUCUUCGACACUUGGUCCGCAACAAGCGAUCAAACGGCGGGAGGCAUCACAUACGGUUUUGCCUUGCCUCAAAAUGCUCUGACAACGGAUGCCAAUGAAUAUAUUGGCUAUUUGCAAUGCGCAUCCAAGAACGGCCAAGGCACCGGCUGGUGCGGUAUCUCUCUCGGCGGCUCCAUGACGAAUAAGCUGCUUCUCACGGCGUGGCCCAAUGGCGCCGAUAUCCUGACAUCGUUCCGCUGGGCAACUGGCUAUGUGAUGCCCGACGUCUACGCAGGCGACGCCAAACUUACACAGAUCUCGUCGACCAUCAAUGCAACGCACUACACUCUCAUCUAUCGGUGCCAGAACUGCUUCAACUGGAACCACAACGGUGCCACUGGCAGCGUCUCAACCAGCGCAGGAUCCCUCGUCCUUGGAUGGGCGCAGGCUUCCACCAGCCCGACCAACCCCACGUGCCCUGCUACGAUCAAUCUCGUACAGCACGAAAACCAAGGUAUCCAUGGCGCCACUCUCGACGCCAACGCUGCAAAUCCUUCCUACUCGGCUUGGGCUGCCCUGGCGACAAAGACUGUCACCGGUAGCUGCGGCAGUGCUACGACGACCUCGGCGCCACCUUCUACCACUACCACGAAGGCACCCACGGGACCCACUGGCGUACCCGUUCCCUCUGGCACAUACGACUACAUUGUCAUUGGAGCGGGAGCCGGUGGCGUACCUCUUGCCGACAAGCUGAGUGAAUCCGGCAAGAGCGUGUUGUUGAUCGAAAAGGGGCCGCCAUCUUCCGGUCGAUGGGGUGGCACCAUGAAGCCGACUUGGCUGGAGGGCACUAACCUGACCAGAUUCGACGUCCCCGGUCUUUGCAACCAGAUCUGGACCGACUCUGCUGGUAUUGCCUGCCAGGAUACCGACCAGAUGGCUGGCUGUCUUCUCGGUGGAGGCACAGCUAUCAACGCAGCUCUUUGGUGGAAGCCAUAUGCCCUUGACUGGGACUACAACUUCCCCGCUGGCUGGAAGUCAGCUGACGUCGCUGCCGCCACAAGCCGAGUCUUCUCCCGUAUUCCGGGCACCACGACCCCAUCUCAAGACGGCAACAUCUACCUCACAAACGGCUUCAAUGCCAUUGCCGGUGGUCUCCGGACUGCCGGUUGGUCAGAGAUCGAUCUCAAUGCAAACCCAGACUCCAAGAACCGCACGUUCGGCAAGACGCCCUACAUGUAUUCAGGCGGUGAGCGCGGUGGCCCCUUGGCUACGUACCUUGUCUCGGCGAGCAAGCGCAGCAACUUUAAGCUAUGGACCAAGACUGCCGUCAAGCGCGUCGUCCGAACCGGCGGGCACAUCACCGGGAUUGAGGUCGAACCCUACUUGGACGCCGGCUACACCGGAACUGUCAACGUUACCAGCAUCUCAGGCCGAGUGAUCCUGUCCGCGGGCACCUUUGGCAGUGCCAAGCUUCUGUUGCGCAGCGGCAUUGGCCCGCAGGAUCAGCUCGAGGUCGUCAAGAACUCCACCGACGGCCCUACCAUGAUCUCCAACUCAUCCUGGAUCAACCUGCCUGUCGGGUACAAUCUGGAGGAUCACACCAACACUGAUACCGUUGUCACGCAUCCCGACGUCCAGUACUACGACUUCUACAAGGCAUAUACUGACCCCAACGUCACUGAUAAGAACCUCUAUCUGCAGAAGAGAAGCGGUAUCCUGGCCCAGUCUGCACCCAACAUCGGCCCUCUGUUUUUCGAGGAGAUCAAAGGCGCCGAUGGCAUUACCCGCCAGAUGCAGUACACCGCCCGAAUGGAAGGCAGUCUUGGGGCCGGCAACGGCAAGACCAUCACCAUCAGCCAAUACCUCGGCCGCGGCGCGACUUCCCGCGGCAGGAUGACCAUCCAGGCCAACCUCGGUACCGUCGUGUCCACCGUGCCCUAUCUCCGCGACCAAAACGAUGUCGAGGCCGUCAUUAAGAGCCUGGAAAACCUGCAGACCUCCCUCAAGAACGUGGCCAACCUUACCUGGAACUUUCCCGCGCCGGGAACGACUGUCAGAGACUAUGUAAACAACAUGCUCGUCUCCUACUCGAAUCGUCGCGCAAACCACUGGAUCGGCACAAACAAGAUUGGCACCAAAGAUGGCCGGAGCAACGGCGGCGACUCGGUUGUCGAUAUCAACACAAAGGUGUACGGCACGGACAACCUCUUCGUCGUAGACGCCAGUAUCUUCCCCGGCAUGGUCACUACCAACCCGUCGUCGUACAUCAUGGUCUCGGCCGAACACGCCGCCGCCAAGAUCCUCGCCCUUGCAACCUCGACAGCUCAGCCUCUGCACGGGCAGUGCGGUGGAUCGACGUGGAACGGCAGCUUCCAGUGUGCUGCUGGAUUGAAGUGCACCUUUAAGGAUUCCUACUACUCUCAGGUGCGCAUGUCUUCUUUUUUUCCCCCUGCUUCUUCCCCCGUACUCCCCUUUGUGUUUCUCGAAGGGGAUGACGAUGACGAUGACGAUAUUAACGCGAUUGAUAGUGUCUCUGAUUGGGGGUGGGUUCCAAAGCAGUCGCGCUUUUUCUCCCAAUUCUAG